AUCUACGCGUCACGACUCGAACUCGCGAGGACACGUGUUACUUUUCGGAGAGUCCACUACCAAUCUCCACCAACAGAGAGGUCUCUCGACUGAUUCCGGCGAACCACUGGCAGUCAACUAAUUCAAUGGAAGAUCCGCUCGACAGAGGAGCCAACCCAUGGAGAUCAAUCGUCAACACCACCACCUGGAUCCUCGCCUACAACAGAAGAAUCAACCGCACCUAAACAAGUUCCAAGAUCCAAUUACCCUGUAUCAAAAACCGGUCACCUUUAAUGAUAAAAAGAAGUUUGAAGAUGAACAAGCCCUAACAAAGGAAGGAUAAAGCAAUUGAAAGGCAUUGAAACUUUGAGAAGAUAAAAAGACGAGGAUCAAAAGAAAAGAAAAACUCCGGAAAAGACCGGAGAACAAGCCGGCCGACGUCAACCGAAAGACAGAUCGACGUCGCCAAAGACAAAAACCGGACGAUUACCUCCGAGGAGAUGGAGCGUCGCCGGAGUCGGAUUCCGGUCAGAUGAAACCGAAACCGGAGGAUGAAAAAAAGCGAUCUCUCUCACUCUCAAAACAAUCUCAAUCUAACCUCUCUGAAAGAUUUUUAAUAGCUACUUGUAAAGUACUGUAUCCGGCGUACGCUUGUGCCAUGGCUUCUUGACAAGGGACUGGUUAGUCCGGAUCGUUCAUGUGUACAGGGAGGCAAACCGCGUGGCUGAUGGUUUGGCUAAUUUGGCACUCUCUCUUCUUUUUGGUGUUCAUAACUUUGACAUUGCUCCUUUAGAGGUUGGUAGUUUAUUGCAAGAGAAUGUUGAUGGUUCACUAAGACCAUGGCAGACUCGUGUUGUAGUUAGAAGUUUCGUUUCUUUCUUAAUAAACAUUGGGAGAAUCCUUCCAAUUUCAUACCAAAAAAAAAAACUGUAUCCGUCGUAUAUAUAUAAGGUAAGUAAUUGAUCUUGUAGGUGAUUAAAUAAUUUAUGGGGAAAAAAUGUUAAGCACACCCACACCUACCAUUUCAGAUAUAUUUGUUUAUGCGGCUAAACGACGUAAGUUUCUAAUCUUUUAUAUAUUAAUUGAAAAACAUCACAAUAUUUUUUGGUAGUCAUAUGUUAUAACUAUAAUAAUUCUUAAAAUCUUUUAAAAAUAGAUUUGUCAAUCUAAACAUAUAUUAUAUUUUUUUAUUAAACUAACUAUCAAAUUGAUUAAUUAUGUACAAAAAAACAUCCUUCAUUUUUUUUAAAUAAAAGCUAAAGAAUUACUUAAUAUAAUUAACAUAUUUAUGACAAUUAAUUAUUAUGAAUAAUGAAGAUUUGAUAACAGUUUUUGUAUUUUCUCUCCUUUUUGUUUAAUUUUAUAUUAUUUAGAGGAAACAAAACAAUCACAUUAAUUAUAUAUAAAAAUUUAGAUUUUUUAUAUGUUAUAAUUUGAAAUUUUAAAGCGACUAUAAAUUACUAAAAAUGUUUAAAGUCCCAUAUUAAAAAUUUUGUGAUCAUUAAUCUAACCUUUUUGUUAUAUCAAGAUAACAAUGAUCAUAACAUCGUAUGAAUAUGAAAUCUCAUUUUACAGAUAUUCAUAUUAAAUAUAUAUAAUACACAAAUAUGUUAGGGAUUUUUGCCAAACUAACCCACAACUUGAUUUUAAUCCCAAAUCUAUACCCAAACUUGAAUCAAAUGCAAAACUAACCUAAAAGCCCAAUAGUAGAAAUAACAAUAGUUUGAAAAAGUAACGGACGGCGACGGCGAUGGCGAUCAAUUGAUAGGGUUCGAUGAAGUUUCGUGAAUGGGAUCCGGGGACUGGAGGUGCUAAAGGAAUCUCGGAUCAUUACUAUGGGUGCUUAGAGGCGAAUCAAGGAUUCAAAGGAUCUGAUACUACAGAUACGAUUGAGAUCAGAAGAGAUCUCGGGAAAAAUGGAAAACUGGGAAUUGAGGGAUUUUGGUAUUUACUGCGAGCUACCUCUCGAGUUUGUUUCUUUGAAGAUUGGUCAAUAGUAUCUCAACUACGGAAUCUCCAACGUGUGAUUCUGAACCAAAAAGGGGAAGUAGUUGGUUUGGAGAUUAAGGAAAAGAAUUACAGAUCUGCUUUGCUCCGACUUUGGAAGGUAUUGAUCGUAUGGCAGAUUCAUACGUAUCAGGACGGGGUGGGACUUCUCAGAGAAGAGAUCGGUGGAAUCAAUCAGAUAAUUUGGCAUUUAAUUGGCUUAGAUUGGUGGCGUGGGGUGGAGGAGAUACCCUUACUCUAUAUAAAGAGGAUUGAUACUGAGGUUUUUAUCAUACUUUCAAUAUCAAGUUCUAUUAAUUCUCUUUUUCAUCUGGAAGUUUUUGGUGUGUUGGGUCUUCUGGUUGUGAUGUCUCAAAGUCAGCUUUUGGGCAAAUCUGGUGAAUUGAAGAAUGCGGAAGGUACUAGGAAGAGGUUGAAGAUAUCGGUUCCCCACUUUGACAACACGGAGCUUAUCAAACAGUAUGAUAAGACCAUUAUUGGCCGAUGUAUGAAUCCGGCAGCGCAGGACGUGAAGGCUCUUAUUGUGAUGCUUCCCAAGAUAUGGAAGGUGGAGGACCGUGUAGCGGGCACUGAUCUGGGGCUGGGGAAGUUUCAGUUUGAUUUCGUGGAGGAGGAAGAUAUUGAGACAGUUCUCAAGUCUCAGCCUUUCCAUUUUGACUAUUGGAUGGUUGCGCUAGCCCGAUGGCAGCCAAAAAUGCCACGGGAUUUCCCAGCUGCAAUUCCGUUCUGGAUCAAAGUCUUGGGGGUUCCUUUGGAGUUCUGGGAUGCUCCAACUUUUCAGAGCAUUGGUGAUGCGUUAGGAGAGACUGUGGAGGUCGAUCUUGACUAUGGCAGAAUCAAGGUGAUAAUUGACGCUACCAAGGAGUUGAGUUUCGAUACAACAGUGGACUUUAUUGGAGGAGAGUUUCACGAAGGGGAUGAAGCGUUUAUUUCAUUGAAAUAUGAAAAGCUGUUUGGUUUUUGUGAGACAUGUCUUAGUCUCUCUCACAGCGUGGACUACUGUCCGUUUACUGUGAAGAGUCCUCAGAAGAAGAAGGAGGUUCGCGCUCUACCGAUCAGCAGACAAGAAGAUCGUGCUAGGAGCUACAAGGGUGUGGUGAUCAAUGGGGACGGGGGACAGCAUGGCAAGGGAAGGGAAUAUCGCGAGUAUCUCGGUAAGGGUAAGGGGAAGAUGUACGAGGAGGAAGAGACAAAAUGGGUAAAGGUUCCAGAGAAAGGAAGUGCUAGGUAUCACUCAAACCGCACAAGCUACAGAGGAGACGAGGAUGGCUCACGACUCAGGAGCUCUCGCAGCGAUCGAUCACGAGGUUACACUGCAGAGGAACGUACAAGGUCGCAUCGGGGGGCGCGGCGUUGACCAAGCCCAAGAGCGGGGGUCGGAGAGGAGGCUCGGGAGGAGGGAGAGAUUCCACAGAAGGGCCAGGGUAGCGCUUCGAGAACUGUUCAAGAGACUUCACUUCCGCUACCGCAACAGGACAGCUCAGCUAUCAUCCUUGCGGAGGUUAAUAAGGUACCAUUGAUUCCUGAGAGUGAAGAAAAUGGAUUAGAUGUGGUGAAUGAUUUGUUAGGAGAGGACAUUGUUGAUGGUGAGGAUGAUGGUAUGGAAUUAGAUGAGGAAAGUGUUAACGUAGUGGGAAAUGAAGAGGAUAGUGAUGAUGGUUUUAAUAAUCUAACUGAUGGGGAUGUGGGGGUGGAAGGGAACAAUGAUAAGAUUUCAGAAGAAUCGCAUGAACUUGACGAGGAGGCUAUCCAGCCUGAGGUAGUUGAGGGGAAGGAACAAAUUCCUGGAGAAGUGGAUAAGAAGAAGGUGGUGCGCAAGAGUUUGUUUAAGUCUUCUGUUAUUGCAGGGGGUUCUACUAAGGCAAGAAUGGUCCAAGCCCUUGUUGCCACCCGCAAGCGCACGGUCAGUAAAACUGCACCUCGUCAUGGAGAAGGAGCAAAACAACAGGAGGAGAAGGGUCCCUCAAACCCCAAACCUAAUGUAACCAAAGCUUAGAAGUUCCAUGAAGAUACAAGAAGUGGAGCGGGUAUGCGAGCAGUUGGUGUGCUCUAUUUUUAAUUUCCAACUUGUCUUUCAGUUUAAUAAGCUCUAUGAGCAUAUGUUUUGGGUUUUUUUUGGUUUAAUGUUUGGUCCUAUUUGUUUCCUAUGUUUUAUUGGCUUGCCUUCCGAGGGAUUGAUUUGGAAUAGAAUGAGUCUCUUUGGUU